GGCAGUCUGGCGUGAGGCACACAGGAGCCUGCACUCUCGCAUCGCGCCGCCCCGCCCUGACUGAACCUCAGUGAGAGUGGGUCCAGUCACUUGCCGAAAAGCCUCCAAGGUGCAGCCGAUAAGAAAGAAGACUGAAAAAGAGAUAGAGAGAGAAAAAGCGACUAAGAGACAGUUUCGAAUACUUUCCACUUUUAAACACUUCACUCCAGAAAAGCAGUAGUAUUAGACACUUAGGAACGUGGUCUUGUUUGUGUGUAGGUGCGUGCGUGGUGCGUGUACGUGAAUGUAAACAGCAGGCGCAUCACAAGGCCGAGUAUGAUGUAAACACGAGUCGAUCCCUGGAGAAGUCUAUCUGGUUUUACAAAGGAGGACUGAUAAUGGCGGCCACGUGCUCCGCUAUUUCUUGGAGGUAACGAGAAGCCGCUGUGUGAUGAUGGACUGCCGAGGGAGGGACGCCGAGAGGCAAGAGCGGCGGCACCCGUGAGGCCACCCUUCCUGCCGGCGUCUCACACACACCACAUGCUUCUCACCCUCUUCCCGCGCCUUCUACAGGUGGAUGAAGAUGGGUGAGCACAGAGGCAGCGGGCUGGUGCGUGGCCUGAAAAUGGUCAUCACCUUCGCCUUCAGUCACCUGGGUUUAUGUGCCUUUGUGGCUGCCUACACCGUCGCCGGCGCCUUCCUCUUCCGCGAGCUGGAGCAGAAGAACAUCCUACCUCACUAUGACUCCAGCACACACCGCACCGCCCUCCUCCGCGACCUCCACAACAUAACAGAGCGGGUGGUUGGGGAGGUGGCAGGCGGCGGGGCGUGGCAGGUGGUGUUCAACUCUUCAGGGUGGCACGAGGAGAUUCAGGAACGUUUGCGGCGGUUCGAGGACGACUUGGUGACGGCCGUAGGAGACCAGCUGUAUGACCAAGGCCCGGAUGAGCAGCGAGAGAGAUGGAAUGUUAUCGGCUCCCUCUUCUACUGUGUCACCGUCAUCACCACCAUCGGUUAUGGACACAUUUCCCCGCGGACAAGAUUGGGCAAGAUGGUUACAAUAUUCUAUGCAAUCAUUGGUAUCCCACUUAUGCUGCUCUGCCUCACCAACAUAGGAGAUGCCAUGGCCUCCUCCUUCAGGUUCAUGUACCGGCGAGUGUGCUGUGUUUGCUGCAGCAAAAAUCAGGAGGCAGAGGAGGAGUCACCCCUCACCAACCCAACCAACAGCAGUGGAUCUGGUGAGCCCGUUGAGCCACCACCCUACACACCCCCACCAAAGUACAAGCCAAGCCGCAGGAACAUGCUCAUCUCACCCCCAAUAUCUGCCACCAUCCACCGGGGAUCAGACAACCCUCUCAAGCCCCCUAUGCUGGAGCCUCCCUCUAACCCAUCCUCCAAGGCCUCCACCCCUAGGCCUCCCCGGCCCCUCCACUCCCAGCUCACUCUUAACGAUAUCGAGGCAAAUCGCAUCGUGGCAGAGUGUGCUGCUUACACCAAGACGCCCGUGCCUGGCAUGAUCAUCCCUCCCUCCCCAGAACAUUCCCAAAAUGAAUGCCACGACUACGAGAUGCUGCCACCCACAAUGCACGUCUCUCCGCCUGCUACCAGCCGCCACACUCCAGAUCCGUCCACCCCAUCCACACCACUCAGCAAAGACGCACCACCUGCUGAGUGGACAGGACCCAAGGAGAAUGGUGGCCCUCAUAUUGUAAUUGAGGAGCACUUUGAACGCUCACCUUCCAAUUCAUCCACCCGGCCAGGCUCCCCGGCCCUCACCACCUCCACCCACCAUGCCUCCAGCAUGUCCCUGGCAGUCAGCAGCAGUGUAAGUCGUCCCUGGCCACCCUCCACACCAGGAGGACUGAUACCUUAUAGCAAUGGAGCUGAGGAAGCACCACAACACAUCGUGGGGAGACAGCCACCACGCUCCCCUGGCAAGACCUUGGUGGUGUACAAUACACUCUCAGGCGAUGCCCUCCUAGAGCAGAGCAAGGUGGCACGCAGAAUGGCCCUCAUGAAUAAAGGAGGGUUUGGUCAAGCUCGUCAAGAUGCAACAACAGUCUUUACGGAUCCAGUCUCUGGCCAGGCUGUGAAUGGGGACAUGCUUGGCCUCAGCUACCGCCCCAUCCCUCCAGACACCUCAGAUGCUGACAACAGAGUGCCCAUUCCCAUUGUGCUGGCCUUUGUGGCCUCCUACCUCGGUGUGGGGGCACUGCUCUUCACGUGGCUGGAGGGCUGGUCCUUGAUGGAUGCUGGCUACUUCUGCUUCAUCACUCUCUCCACUAUAGGAUUUGGUGACUUUGUACCUGGCAAGUCUCUGGGUUAUGAGACCCAGGAAGCUCAAAUCAAGCUGGUGACAGGCUCCUUGUAUCUCAUGUUUGGCCUGGCUGUUCUAGCAAUGUCCUUCAAUCUGGUACAGGAGGAGGUGGUCAUCAAGUGUAAGGCCUUUGCUCUUUGGAUUGGUCUCAUGAAGGAGUGAACCAACUCUCCAAACAACUCUGAACUGUCAUUAGUGAAUAGUGAUGAUACAAAACCCAGUGUGAUUCCAGUAUUUGACAUUAUCUUAUAAGAACUCAGUCUGAUUCCAUAAAACUGAGUUCCGUGUCAUGUGGUGUUGAGAUAACUGUGGUAAAAUGUUCCAACCCCUACAAGUCCAUUCCCUGUACCUGUAAGCAGGAGGUUAACAAUCAUUUCCAUGAUGUCUAUCAAGACUCAUCCAUUAUUGUUGUUUCCCAUCUGAACUCAAGGAUGGAAACCACAUUAUCAAAAAUUAAAUAUGAAGAAAUUCAAGACAUUGCUAAUGCCAUGAGUUUCACAUAUUGAAAAGACAGUAGAGCUGUUUUUUGCUUAGCACCUGUCUUCUUAUGGUUUCCACAAUACCCCUUUCUCAUUACCAUCAACUGUUCAGAUCUGAAGACUUCUGGCUGUGAUAACUUUCAACACUGCUCUGCUUUGGCUGCCAGUGAACUGUUUCCCAAUGCUCCAACAUAAAAAUAUAUUCCAGUGUGUGUAGAUUUUAACAUUCAUGUUCAUUAAGAAGAAUCUUUUGAUAUGAUUGACUAUUUACACUGAAUACUGGCGCUCAUUAUUAGUUCACCAAUAGCCAUUACAGCUCUAAGUACUUACUUCAGUACUAAAAUACAUAGAAUUAUGACCAUAUAUACUGUACUAGUAUCAAGUUUGCAGGCUCUUUAAUACCUAUAGGAAUGUUUUUAUAUAGGCUACAUCCUUCCCCUAAACUACUAAUACUUGUGUAGGAGAGGCUGAGGCUGGAAAACUGUGAUUCUUCUAUGUAUCAUGUAGAGAAUAGGGUUUGUCUGUGACUGACUUGUGAAAUGCCAGUUUGAAAGAUGUAUGACUGUGACCCACUUCUCCUAGCAUUCACUAUGUACCGCAAGUUAUAAUAAUUCUGGUAUCUGUCAACUUGAAUCCCAAAAUUACAAUCCAAUAUAUUUUCUAUAAUACUUGCCAAAUGAACAUAUAUAAUUUGCUUUCAGAAUUUCAAAUUACACAAAUGUACAAUAUUCAAAACAAAUUUAUAGAAAAAUUAAUUUCAGUAUAUCACAAGGUAUUUUUAGCAUUAUGUAGUAACUGUUCCUCAGCAGACAUACCAUCCAACACACUACUGCCAUCACUACCAAUGAGUCACAUUCUUGAAUAAGUCUGCCGUACACUCCACAGCUGCGCUUCAAGGUCGCCUGCUUCCUGCCUCACACCCAGCUUGCUUCACCAGUACUUCAGGUCUAUUGUAGUGUGUUAAGAUAUACUUCAUAGUUCUAAGUUCCUUUCCUAGUAAACUGUUAUGAAUAUAUUAGUAUGCCAUGAAAUUUUUACAUUCUUUCCACAUCAUUGUUAUAUGUUUAUAUUUCUGUACAUAGUUAUUGGGAUUCCAUGUGUGAGUGCAUGUUUUCCCUUCCAUUCUCAUCACCCUGCACUGAACCUCACCCUUGUCAAUGUCAUGUGGAUCCACAUUAUUGGUCACAUUUGUAAUAAAAUUAUUUCCCAUU